AUAAUAAUAAUAAUAAAUCGUUAUUUAAAAGUAUUGACCUUCGGCUGGUUAAUGAACUGGAUUUUUAAAAUUACAAAUACAAGCACUUAUAUGGACGAGAGAGAAAAGCAGCCGGCCGACCCCGGCGUUAUGUUCUACUUCCAGCUCCAAGUUAUGCAAACUGAACGGACUACGAGCAUUAUUUCUUCCCCCUCUAAUUAAGUGGCCCUUUUCAGAAGUGCCAUCAUUCUCCCCCUCUCUCUCUCUCCCCUCGCAGUCACACCAGACUUGUAAUCAGCAACAAAAGCUGACAUAAAUCAAGGACAGAUUGACAGCAACUGACAAAUAACUGAUUGAUUGCGGUCGAGUAGAAUUGACAGUUGACGGAGAGGUAUAGAUGGAAAUAGAAGAGAGGUGUAUAUUAUGCUGAAAGCAUGUGACAUUCACGUCCCUCCAUCUCCGCAUUGGCCCUCUCCUGACAACGCAUGUCUGAUUGGGGAAUUUAAAUUCCACACCAAGUUGAUCUUCUGUUUGCCGUUACAUCAGAAAAUGUAGGCUACUGUAGGCCUACCUCUAGUCUAAGAAACGUACUGGCAGGCCGAAAACUGCAAGACAAAAAAUAACAAAUAAAAAAAUAAAAUUAAAAAAAACUUUGAAUUGACAACAUUGGUGUUUUUGUUUAAAUAAUAAAUGUACAUGUUGCGCUUGUAUGUGAAAUUCACAUUUAGGCCGUUACAUUUUAAUACAAUUUUUCAUUUCAGCCAUUUGAAAUUUAGAGGCUCCUUAUAAUGGACAAACAAGGCUACGGGGACACGUGAUGGCAGCAAUAAUUAGUAAGAGAACGUUCAAAUUCACCUUCCCAUUUUCUUAUAGACACAAUCUAUAUUACUUUAAAUUUUAAAAAAUGUUCCAUGUUUACUAGUCAAACAUCUCCGUUCACUAUUCACAAUUAGCAAGUAAAAGAACGAUACAUAGCAAUGUUGUAAAUCUCAAUACAUAUUUAAAUAAAGGCCUGCUCGUAUUUACAUGUAAAAUAUACAAGACAAAUAAUGUUAUUCGUUUGUCGCCAUUCAAAUACAUCAUUGUAGUGAAAACGUGCAUAAGAACCAAAACAUUAAGUUAAAUCUCCUCCCCCCAGCUGGAAAAAUAGAAGCGCACACAAAUGGAGAACGUCACAUCCCCUUGACCCUCCAAUCACCUCGGGGUCCCAUUUGAUUGGAAGGCGGCAAAGGCUUUUAUCUCAGACUAAUUCAGCUGCUUUUGAAGUGAGUUUUUCUAGCAGAUCUCGUGUUGGGCGGACUAGCGCACGGACCUGCUGGAAGACGCGCAGCGAUCUGAAACCUACGAUGCAGACACAGCGUCAGAUCUGCGAUAGCCGCGCAUUCUGCUCCGACCAGCGUCUCUGAUCGCACGGAUUUUACAGAAACUGCUCAUUUUUUGUGGGGGACUUAUUUUAAUGCUACAUUUCUAAAGGAGACGCCCUUUCACUGUUUUUCUUUUUAAUUUUUAGUUUCAGAUAAAUGCAUUUCCUUCCAUUGCAGUGAGAAUUGGGUCAUGAUCACAUCGCCCUCGGUCUCUGCUCUGAGAAAUAGUAUUACUAAUCAAGUCUGGGAAAGCAGUAGUUGUGGGAAGAACAGCUCCGCGAACGUAAAUAAACCUUUUCUUCACUCCGUUCCUCCUUCGGACCCUCUACGGCAAGCUAACCGUCUGCCCAUCAAGAUUCUGAAAAUGCUGACAGCACGGGCAGGGCACAUUUUGCACCCAGAAUACCUCCAGCCCUUGCCAUCGACACCGAUUAGUCCGAUUGAGCUAGAUGCCAAGAAAAGUCCGUUGGCCCUUUUGGCACAAACGUGCUCUCAGAUCGGGAAGCCGGAUCCCCCUCCCUCUUCAAAGCUGUCCUCUGUCACAAAUGGAUCUACUGACAAAGAUUCCAAAUCCGGUCCGUUGAAAAUGAGUGACAUCGGAGCCGAAGACAAAUCUAGCUUCAAACCUUACUCAAAAUCGUCUGAAAAGAAGGACUCGUCGUCCGGGGUUUCUAGUGGAGAUAAAUCUGGUUUCCGUGUACCUAGCGCCACCUGUCAGCCGUUUACUCCAAGGACAGGCAGCCCGAAUUCCUGCACUUCAGCGUCUCCGCUCCCGACAGAGGGCAAAUCAGGAGACAGGGAGGAAAAGAAAGAAUCUGAUAGUAAUAAGAAUAUCACAACGGAGGGGCCUGGAACCACUAGUGUCGGUCACAACAGGAUUAGCGUAAACUGUGCUGGAAUUAACGUGGAGGUCAACCACCACCAGGAAACAACACCUGGAUCAAAAGCUGUAACGUCAGACUCUUCAUCUGUAUCUUCAGCUUCCUCCGUUCUGGGAUCAGGGCUUGUCGCACCCGUUUCCCCAUACAAACCCGGUCAAACUGUUUUUCCUCUACCACCUGCCGGCAUGUCAUACCCUGGGUCCUUAGCGGGGGCCUAUGCUGGCUAUCCUCAACAUUUUCUGCCGCACGGAGUGACUUUAGACCCGACUAAACCGAGCAGUCAUUUACUUAAUGCGCAGUUUGCGAGUUCACUGGGCUGCAGUAAAGCAGGAUCGAGCCCUUUAGCGGGAGCGUCGCCGCCAUCGAUAAUGUCCGCCAGCCUGUGCAGAGACCCCUACUGCCUGAGUUACCACUGCGCGAGCCACUUGGCCGGGGCGGCCAGUGCCUCGUGCUCGCACGAGUCAGCCGCUGCCGCGGCCGCCUCCGCACUCAAGUCUGGAUACCCUCUCAUGUACCCGACGCACCCGUUACACGGCGUUCACUCCUCUCCGCCAUCUUUCGCAGGACACCCUCUGUACCCCUACGGCUUCGUGCUCCCCAACGAUCCCCUACCGCACGUCUGUAACUGGGUGUCGGCGAACGGACCUUGCGACAAGCGUUUUUCUUCGUCGGAGGAACUUCUCAACCACUUGCGGACCCACACUGCCUUCACUGGGACGGAGAAAUUGAUAUCAGGAUACCCUAGCUCGUCGUCAUUAGCUAGCGCUGCCGCGGCGGCCAUGGCGUGCCACAUGCACAUGCCCCCAGCAGGAGCUCCUGGCAGCCCCGGGACUUUGGCACUGAGGAACCCGCAUCACGCCCUGGGACUAAGCGGCCGCUACCAUCCGUACUCAAAAAGCCCUUUGCCAACCCCGGGCGCCCCGGUCCCGGUACCUGCGGCCACCGGUCCAUAUUACUCUCCAUAUGCAUUGUACGGUCAGAGACUUACUACAGCGUCCGCGCUUGGAUAUCAGUAAAAACUAAUGUUUAAAAAAAGUAAAACGUAAAAAAAAAAAAAAAAAAAACAAGACUUUUAUACUGACUGUCCACUUCAGGACUGGAUCCGUGGACCCGUUGUAUUUAUUUAUGGUAGCUUCAAGCGGGACAAUAAUAAAAUAAUAAUAAUUAAAAAAAACUGAAAGAGAAACUCAAAAGUGCAUUACUUUAAAAUGAACUCUAUAGGAAAAGUGAAACGCCAAUGGUAGACAACGACUGAAAAUAGGGUUUUUUUUUUGUUUUGUUUUUUGUUUUGUUUUUUUUUUUCAUUUCGACGUUUAUUUGAAAUUGCUAUGAUUGUACCGUAUGUUCUUAUUUAAUGUCUCAUUGAGAAGAAAAUAAUUUACAUGCAUGUUUGUUACUAAAAUCCCAACUUGUCCUUAUAAUUUUAAAUUGCAAUUAUUUUUAAGGUGUAUACCAUGAAAAGAGAGUGGUAUUUUUUGUAUGUAUUCUGGAAAAAUAAGAAACCGUUCUAUUCCAACA